AUGGUAGAGCGUAAGGUUUGCAAUAAUACAGCAACAUCAGACCUCCUUAAGGAUCCAAAUAAUAAAGAAACUCAAAAUGAAUUAAAUAAAGCUUUAAGGUUAAUAAAAGAACAAAAAGAAAAACAGCAAAUAGAAAAAGAGAAUUUAGAAAAAGAAAAAGAAAAAGAAAAAUUAGAAAAAGAGAAAUUUGAAAAAGAAAGAAAAGAAAAAGAGAAAAAAAGCAAUUAA